AUGUCUGCCGCCGCAAUGGACAAGAAGCCGCCUCUGAACCUGGAGCACCAUUACUCCGAUGUGACCAAGGCGAGAGAGCCGAGCAAGAUGAAGGAGUACUACAAGUACUUUCAGAUUCCGGGCAUUGGUCAACUAGCUGGAGGUCUUCCUCAUUCGAGCUUGUUCCCGUUCGACACCCUCGAGGCGCAGGCCGCGAAGCCCGAAAGAUGGGAGCCAUCCCCGAUCCCCGACGCCACUUAUAGCGCACCCAACGGCGCCGCAGCAGCAACACUGCCGAUCCGGGGCAAGACAUCCGGCCGGGAUACGAAAGAGGACGUCAAGGCGGCGCGGCACGUCACCGUCCCCGGUAGCGAUGCCGAGCUCGAUCCACUCCGGCGCAUUGACGUCGCCACGGCGCUGCAGUACGGCACUGCCGAGGGCUACCCUCCCCUGCGGUCUUUCGUGAGGCAGUUCACCAGGGAGCACCUGCAUCCCAAUGUGCCUUACCUUGGCGGUCCUGAGGUCAUUCUCAGCUGCGGUUCCACGGAUGGCUUUUCCAAGACCUUGGAGCUGCUGACGAACCCAUGGAACCCUGCGAAGAAUGACAUUAGGGAUAGACAGGGCAUGCUGUGCGAGGUCUUCGUGUACAGUCAGGUUCUCACGCAGGCGCUCCCUCGCGGCGUGCAGGUUGCGCCUGUCGAGAUGGACAAUGUAGGCAUGAUUGCCUAUGGUCCUGGCGGUUUGGAUGAGUUGUUAUCUGGCUGGGAUGAGGCCAAUGGCCGGAGGCCGCAUUUCAUGUACACAGUGACCAUGGGCCACAACCCGACUAGCGGCGUGCUCCCUGUUGAGCGUCGCAAGGAGAUUUACGAGAUCGCCAGCAAGUACGAUGUCAUCAUUGUCGAAGAUGACCCGUACUGGUACCUGCAGUACCCGUCCGCUGCUGAGGAUGAGGCCAGGCACCGGGGCCUACCCGUCCCCGCCACUGCAUCGUCGACUUACAAGCCCGUCAAGUCGUCGGGAUACCGGUUCCUGGACUCGUUAACACCAUCGUUCUUGAGCAUCGAUGUUGACGGCAGAGUCAUUCGUCUUGAUACCUUCUCCAAGACCAUUGCUCCCGGAUGCCGGUUGGGCUGGAUCACGGCCCAACCGGCCAUCAUUGAGCGCCUACUUAGGAUUACCGAGGUCACGACGCAACAGCCCUCCGGCUUCGUCCAGUCGACCGUCGCAGAGCUGGUCAUGGGCGAGCAACCCCCGGCCGUGCGAUCAGCCUUCGCAGCCCUGACGUCGCGACAGAAGCAGACGUUCGAGGGCUGGAAGAUGGACGGCUGGGUCCGCUGGCUCGAGGGCCUCCGCGGCGUCUACGAGCGCCGCAUGAACCGCAUGUCCUCCAUCCUCGACGACGGCGCCGUCCAGCUUAAGCAGUCGACGCCGCGCAGCGUCGAGGAUGCGGACUGGGGCGUCGUCAGCAAGACGCGGCUGUACGACUUCGACUGGCCGCGCGGCGGCAUGUUCAUCUGGCUGCGCAUGCGCUUCGAGACGCAUCCGCUGUGGAUGGCCACGGGCGGCAAGAUCCUGCCGCUGAUUGACGGCGAGAAGCUGUCGACCGCGCUCAUGAUCUACGCUACGCAGAAGCCGUUCCGCGUGCUGGUGAGCCCUGGGAUGAUGUUCAGUGCUACGCCUGCCAUCCGGGCGGAGAGGGGAUGGGCGUACUUCCGGCUGUGCUUUGCGGCGGAGACGGAGGAGAAUGUGGACCGCUGCUCGGAGAGGCUUGCCGGGGCCAUUCAAAGGUUCUGGAGGCUUAAGAAGGUGGAGGAGAUUGAGGAGUUAAUUGGGGACAUGAUGACGGCCCAAGAGGAGGCGAUGGAGGAAGGGCUGGGCAACUUGGGCACUUGGAUGGGGUGCUAA